AUGGAAAAUGUCGAGUAUUUUCACGAGAAGCUUCUCCUGCCCGACGAGGAGUUCGCGCUCCUAGAAGCGGCAGUGGCGGCCGCGGAGCGGGAAGCGGCUGCGCGGAGAGCUGCGCGGGCGGGUAGCUCCGCGGAGAUAGUGGUGGAACAUCCGCGGGUGGACAGGUCGGCGGAGGCUGGGAGGGAAUCCGCGCACACGCGGAACGAUGCGUGUGGGCGCGGGGACAGGAUCGAGUCUGCGGGAAGCAGCGCGGAGGCGUCGUCGCGGCAGCUAGUGUUUUCAGAGUCAACUCAUAAGUCGCUUUACGCAUGGAUGCGACCAGAGACGCUUUUUGAGGCGCCUCGACAUCCCGAGGCGCCUUUUCAGGCUCCUCAAAUGGCGGAGCCUGUGACAAGGAGGUCCCUUUUUCCGGACAUUGAGGACGUGUCGAGUCUCGAUGCGCUGCCAGCGGAAUGGACACGUGGCGUUGCUGGAGGCGCAGGCGCUGAUGGGUGUUCGAGGGAGCGCGAGGAAGGAAUGGAGGCUUGGGGAAUGAGUACAGAGGCUUGGGUAACGGAUUCAGAGGAGAGGGGAACGAAAGAAGAGGGGCGGGAAGCUAAGGAAGGGGUGCUGGAGGUUCGGGCAAGGCACGUGGCACGGCGGCCGUUGGAUUGCAAGCGGAAUCAACGGCUGUCCGUGACAGAUAUAACAGACGCGGUACUAUACUCCUACGUGCCUGUUCCAUCCCGUCAAGUUCUCGGUAUCCACUUGCUCUCCUUUUCUAACAACUUUUUUUUUUCAACUAUUCAUCCACUCGCCCAUUCUCCCACUCACCCAUUCCCCCGUUCCCCCAUCCGUCGCUGCUCGCAGGAGUGGUGUGAGCAGCGGGUGCUGUUCUCUCUCGCCUGCGGCAAACCCCCGCCAACAGCAGCGAUGAGGGCGGGCGCGGAGAGGCACGCAGCGUUGGAGCGGGAGGUGGUGGAAGCAGUAGAGGUGGCCGUGGCAGCCAGGGAGGACGCGUGGGCGCUCAGACUGCUGGGGGCGGCUGCUAGAGUCCUGGCCCUGGGGGAGGGUAUGAGGGAGGCGAUGGGGGUUGCCAUGGGGAGGGAGGAUGGAGGAGUGGGGCCCUUUGGUGGUGAUGCUGCCGGCAUAACGCGAGAACCUUCACCUCAUGUGCUACAGCCGCCCUCCCCCCUCCUUCUUUCUCAUCCCCUUUCUCCCCGGUGCAGGCUGCAGCUCAUGUGCUACAGUGCGCUGCUGAGCAGCAUGAUUCGGCACGGCGUGCCUCAGGAGCCAUUCUUCUCCUCCUUCCGCCUCCGCCCCCGCACCACCCUCUCUCCCCAAGUCCUCCAACAUGCUGCUGAGGUCUUUCCACGGAGAAUGGUGUGA